AUGGUUGAAGAUAAACCAACAACGAGGGAUGCACUUGAGUAUCUAAAGAUUGUGAAGAAAACAUAUCAAGAUAAACUGGAAGUAUACGAGUCAUUUCUUGAGGUCAUGAGAGACUUCAAAGCUCAGAGAACGGAUACGUGUGGUGUCACAUUAAAAGUUAAGGAACUCUUCAAGGGGGAAGAAGAACUGCUUUUGGGUUUUAAUACCUUUUUGCCAAAAGGUUUCGAGAUAACCAUUGAAGGUGACCAAACUGUACCAGAUAAUGCUGACAUUGCCCCAGAUAAUGCUGACGUUGCUGAGGCAAUUAGUUAUAUCAACAAGGUUAAGGCAAGGUUUUUGGGGAAUAAUAUGCAUGCAUACAAUUCUUUUUUGGACAUUUUGAGCAUGUACAAGAAGGAAAAGAAGAGCAUCGUUGAAAUCAAGCAUGAGGUGGCUAUUCUUUUCCGGGACCAUAACGAUUUGCUCGUGGAAUUUGCUCACUUUCUCCCUGGUUAUAGAUGA